CAUACCUCCAUAACAGUAUCUUAACAUGCUCUCUUCUCGUCCUCUCUCAUCCUCGCUCGUCCCCUUCUCAAAACUCAACGUUUCUCCGAACCCACCUCCUGUAACCUUACGCCGAACCCGAUUCUGUCCUCCGCAUGCCACCGCCGCGACCGCCAGCCGUUAUACUUCCAGGGAAGAACAGGGAUCUCGUUAUCUGAGACCUCAGGGUAUGGCAUCCUGCACGUCGCUGUACGAGGUUCUGGGUAUACCAGUGGGAGCCAGCAACCAGGAGAUCAAGACGGCAUAUCGACGACUGGCGAGGGUUUGUCAUCCUGACGUGGCGGCAAUCGGUCGGAAAGACUCAUCGGCUGACGAAUUCAUGAAAAUCCACGCUGCUUACAGCACCCUGUCGGACCCAGAAAAACGCGCCGUUUAUGACAGCAAGCUCCUAUGGAGGCCUCGAAAGCCGUUGACUUCCGCAUCUUCUAGGUUUUCCGGUUACCACGGAAGGAGCUGGGAAAGCGACCAGUGCUGGUAGGCAAUUUGAGCCGGAAAGAGUAAUUAGAAAUCUACUGAUGUUGAAACUGAUAACGGAAUCUCUAAUAUAUAUAUGUAUCAGAAACUUGAAGAACUGAUAGCUAACAUAAGCCAACGCCACCGGCGCACCGCCACUGCCACAGUAAGUUUUUGUCUCCAUGACAACAGAGGAGCUCUGUUCUAAUUUUUUUCUCCUUUUUUUUGCUUAUGUGUGCACGUGUGCUUGCCUAUGAGCUAGGCAAAGUGUUUUAGAAAUGAUCCCGACAAUAUCAAUCCUUGUAAAAUGUUACAGAUUUUAAUAAAUUAAGGAAUUAUGG